AUGUGCCACGUGCCGGCCCAUCUGGACGUGCCGGCCCACCUGGACGUGCCGGCCCAUCUGGACGUGCCUGCCCACCUGGACGUGCCGGCCCAUCUGGACGUGCCGGCCCAUCUGGACGUGCCGGCCCAUCUGGACGUGCCUGCCUGCCCACCUGGACGUGCCUGCCUGCCCACCUGGACGUGCAUGCCAUGCGCGCUGCAGCGGCGGCUCUCUUUUUAUGUGGCUCGCCUCGUCUGUUUUCCUCCUCCUCCUCCACUCCGCUUCUCUCCCCCGUGCUCCUCCCCUUCUGGCACGCCCUCCCCUUCUGGCACGCCCUCCCCUUCUGGCACGCCCUCCCCUUCUGGCACGCCCUCCCCUUCUGGCACGCCCUCCCCUUCUGGCACGCCCUCCCCUUCUGGCACGCCCUCCCCUUCUGGCACGCCCUCCCCUUCUGGCACGCCCUCCCCUUCUGGCACGCCCUCCCCUUCUGGCACGCCCUCCCCUUCUGGCACGCCCUCCCCUUCUGGCACGCCCUCCCCUGAUCGUCCCUCUUCCUCCCACCCACGUCUGCAUGCAUGUCCCUUCUCUCUCCCGAUCCACACCAUACCUCCCUCCCACCAGGCGCGCUCUCCUCUCCACUCGUUCACAGAGCUCUCGGUCUUUGAGGCGCGCUCCCCUCUGCGCUCUCUAAGUGAGCUCUCCAUCUUUGAGGUGCCCUCCUGGUCCGCCAGCCUGCCCGCUCUGACUCUCCCCCACUACCCCAUCCCCACCACUCCACACCACUCUCCACCAAUCCUUUUCGCUUUUCUCCACCAGGCGCGCUCCCCUCUACGCUCUCUAAAAACGAGGGAGGGAAGAGGAGGGAGUGUGUGCAGAGGGGAGGGCAGAGGGGGCGAGUGGCAAGAGGCUGCGUGGGGAAGAGAGAGGGGAGGAGUCGCGGGGAGAAGAGGAGGAUGGGGUGGAGAAAGAGGAAGGGGGUGGAGGAGAGAAACGAAAGGGGAGAGUGAGAAAGAGGAGACAAGGAGAGUGAGGGAGGGGACAAGGGAGGAGGGGGAAGGGAAGGAAGGGGAGGGAGGGGAAGGAGGGGAGGAAGGGAAGGAAAGGGAGGAAAAGGGGGACAGUGUGGAAAGUGGCGAAGGGGUGCAGAUGCUGGUGGUGCGGGCGAGGGCCCCCUCGUUCCUGUACCACCAGGUGCGGCUGCUGGUGGGACUGCUCAAGGCCGUUGGUGCAGGGGCCGUGCAGCCUGAUACAGGUGCGGCUUCUGGUGGGGCUGCUCAAGGCCUGGCCGUGGGAGCAGGGGCCGUGGAGCCUGGCGCAGGUCUGUACCACCAGGUGCGGCUGCUGGUGGGGCUGGUCAAGGCCGUGGGAGCAGGGGCGGUGCACCCCAACACAGUCAAGACAAUCCUGGAGACGAGGGACAUUCGGGGAGUGCUGCCCAUGGGGCUGCCUGCUGCUACUUCUUCAGUUGACUCCAAGUUCAUUCCACCAUGUCCCCUCCCCUCCGCCUCUCCUCCCCUCCCGCCCGGCAGUCAAGUCAAUCCUGGAAGCGAGGGACAUCCGGGGAGUGCCGCCCAUGGCGCCGGCCUGUGGCCUAUACCUUGCCACUGUUGCCUACGGCCCCAUAGGCCCAAACGAGCCUCCUCACAGCAAUGA